CACAGCUCCAACCGGAUGUUACCGCGCGCAUGCGUCUGGGAAGAGCGGCCAUUCUUUCCGGGUUGUUUCUGCUUGCGAUUGGGAACUGGAGCCUGAAGGAGUGAAAACAUGGCGGAACCUGACUCUAAAAAGAAAAUACCAUUGGUCCCAGAAAACCUGCUAAAGAAAAGAAAGGCCUAUCAGGCAAUCAAAGCUACCCAGGCAAAGCAGGCUUUGCUGGAUAAGAGAAAGCAUCAGGGUGGAAAACAGAUAAAGUUCAAACGCCUUGAGACAUUUGUGCAUGACUCUCAUCGGAAACGCAGAGAUGAUGUCCGCCUGCAGCGCAUGGAACACAAACCUGGACUGAUGCUACUACCCGAGGGACACAAGCUGGCAUUUGCUGUACGGAUUGUUGAAAUUAGAGGGGUGAGUCUACGGGUGCUGGACGUCAUACAGAGGCUGCGGUUGAGAAAGAUUUACAGUGGUACAUUUGUCAAGCUGUCACCAGCAUCGCUGAAAAUGCUGCGGAUUGUGGAGCCUUAUGUGGCCUGGGGAUACCCCAACCUGAAAUCUAUUCGAGAGCUGAUCCUGAAAAGAGGCCAUGGCAAAAUCGACAAGAAGAAGCUUGCUCUUACGGAUAAUGUUUUGAUUGAAAAGCAUCUAGGAAAUUAUGGUAUCAUUUGUUUGGAAGAUCUCAUACAUGAAAUUUACUCCGCUGGGAAACAUUUUCACGAAAUCAAUAAUUUUUUGUGGCCAUUCCACCUAUCGGUGGCUCGUCAUGCUGCUCGCAAUAAAAUGGGGUUCCGCAAGGAAAUUGGUGAUCCUGGAUUUCGAGGAGAUGGGAUCAACCAGCUUAUACGGCAUUUGAACUAGACUCAAAAACCUUUUUUAUGAACACUAGCCAAUGUUCUGGAAGAUUUGUACUCUGUGAUGUACAUCUGUUCUUCAAAGAUUCCUGGGACUGUGUUGUGUUCCACCUGAAAGUCUGCACGAUGAGAACAUAAAUGAAAGAAAAACUAGACUUUAAUUGGAAAAUAUCCCAGCUGUGACUUAAAAAUUGUCCUAUGCAUUACAUGGAAUGCAGGCUACUGAAGAAGAGAGCUCAGAAAAGGGGAGCUCCUGUUGCAGCACCUUUCUCCGUAUUAAUAUAUACCUGUGAAGACCACAUGGAAGCUUUGUAUCCCAAAUACUAGUUUUGGGGAGGGUUUUCAGAAUAUAUUUUUUUCUACCACAGCUGUGGGAAUACUUGGAAGUUAAGAUUGUUCUUUGAAAUAAUCAAGGUUAAUAAAGUUUUUGAUAAAGUCUGCAAUGUAA